UUACAUGGAGUAUUUAUCUAAGAUCAGUUCAUAGUACACACGUCCAAAAUGGCUGCCGCUAGCACGUAGUAACAAGCAUACUAAUGUUUUUAUUCUCGGUUUUUGAGGGAGUUUAUCGUUUAUGUGUUGAGUGGGAUUGUAUAAUAUAGAAGUUGUUUAGUUUUGUUGCUGCUUAUAUCAAAGAUGGCUCCUAAAAGAAGAAACAAGCAGAGAUACCAUCCAUACGGCGAAAGCGCGCUUCUUUCCGCAGAAACCUUGCAGUUCAUCGAAGAAGAAACGACGAGAUUAUACAACAAGAGAUUUACGCUCAAGGCCAAAGACAAGCAGUGCGAGCUACCGAGUAGUGAACUCCUCUUCACUACUACACCAGAAACAAUUAAUGUUUUACAGGAAAUGAAGAGGAAUCUCAACGAAUCCAAGAGCAUGUUGAAUGACAUCGACAUAGUAGAAUGGCACCAACACACGCGACGGACACACAAGGCCGGGCUUGUAGUCAAGACAUUACGAGAGACAAUGCGCGCAGAGAUGUGCACCCAAGCCUUUGCAAAGCUUUACGAAGUCCUAGCUUCUUACAACGUAGUCCCAACCGAGGCAGUAUCUUCGAAGAAGUUGUACAGUGUACAUUUGUGUGAAGCACCAGGGGCCUUUAUUGCAGCCACCAAUCAUUACCUCAGGAACCACCAUCCCGAUCUAGAAUGGGCGUGGCUGGGGGCUACAUUGAACCCCUACUAUGAGGGGCAUAGCCCUAAAGCCUUGCUUGAUGAUGACAGGUUUAUUGUGGAAACGCUACAAAACUGGGACUUUGGUGCUGAUGGGACAGGCGAUUUGAUGCAACUUGAAAACCUCAACCACCUUGCAGAGGCGUGUCAAGGGAAAGUGCAUUUGGUAACAGCUGAUGGCAGCAUUGACUGCUCAGAUGAGCCAGAGGAGCAAGAAAAUGCCGUCAGCCAGUUAAUAUUUUGUGAAGCUGUCACAGCGCUGACAGUUCUUGCUACAGGAGGCUGUUAUGUGUUCAAGAUGUUUACCACUUUAGAGCACCAUAUGGUGUGUUUGAUGUACUUGAUGUGCUGUCUGUUUGAAGAAGUCCAUGUCAUUAAACCUGGUACAAGUAAAGGUGGCAACUCAGAAGUAUACAUCACAUGCUGCGGUUACACUGGGAACCUUAGCCCUCAGUACCACGAAAUAUUGUAUACAGCAUACCAACAAGACACAGCAGAGAAGGUUUUGUUCCCACUUAAUUCCAUACCAAGAGAAUUCCUGUAUUUGAUAAAAGAAUGCCAAGAGUACUUUAUCAACUUGCAAAACCAGGAAAUAAGUAUGAAUAUUCAGUAUUUUCACCAUAUGAACAGACUUGAGAAGAAACAACUUUUUCAUCUGAGAAAGCAGGCUGCAGGUUAUUACAUGGAGAAGUUUGGAGUCCAGCCAAUUGCAGAAGAAGAACGUGUUGUCUUGGGUGCAUAUCUGGAUGGAACUCAGCUGAGUUUUACUAGAGGCCCUUCAUUUGAUGUCCCUAUCAAAGAGCCCUUUUGUGGGAGAGGGAAAACUGGGACUUACAAUGAGAGACAUGAUGUUCGGUAUUGGUCAUGGCUAGAAUCUAUGCAGAGGGAUGGAGUCUUUGUAGGAAAAACAAUAUUGCAUUCAAGUCUCAAGGAACUCGUCCAAACAGCAAACGGGAAUUCUCAGCUGAUCCCUUUAACACCUGAAGAUGUGGAAUGGCUGACAUCGCCCAUAACUCCACUGCAAUGCACAAGCGAAAUGCUUCAGACGUCAAUUGGAAAACCCAUCGACCAAGUAAGAAACUCGCGUUUUUGUACACUGACCUAUGUAUCCAAGCUAAUCGAGGCUAAGAACGAAGCAAUGAUCCUCAGAGCCAAGAAUGCAGACGAUUUCAAGAGAAUAACACAAGGAACAAGCCCUAUGUGGUUAUCUUGCGAUGCUAAGAAGCUAGACCAUUACUGCAAUUUACCAAGCUUGAUAGAACUUGAGAAAUUGGUAUCGUUUACUAAGGGCGUCAAGAACAUCGCUGCUGUUACAGUAACGGGUCAUUCUGGCUGUGACUGUGCUGCAAGGUAUUUGAAAUCAUGCAAUCUUCAAGUUAAGAUCUCGUCCCAAGGGAUGCAACAGUCGGAGCAUGGAAUCUUUGGGAGCAGGAAGAGACAAGGAAAUGGAGGACAGCCAUCAAGCGACCAACUUCCUUCAGAGAUAAACAUAGCGAGACAUGCAAUAAAGAUCAGUGAGGAAUCUGAGAAACGCAAAAUGAGUGAAGAAAGAGGGCCAUCAGGAGAUGGUCUUGUUGGUUUGGUCGUUUCUCUUAUUGGCUCAAGAGCUAGCGCUGAUCAAGCAAGUCUGAGGGAACCAAAAGAACUGCUAAACAAGAAACAGCUCCUUCAACAGUGCGUCUUCGCUCUCAGAAAUCUUAGCACUGGUGGCACGUUCGUCUGCCAAGUCUUUGAUACCCUGACACGAUUCUCUGUUGGGUUGAUCUACAUUUUGCAUUACCUGUUCAGCCGUGUAGCGAUAGUAAAGCCAGUUAUCGAUCAUCUAUGGUCUCCGGUGAGAUACCUUGUAUGUGAGGGUUACCAAGACAGGAAUGAAGAGGUGGUGACGUACUUAGAAGGAGUGCUGGCUAAUUUCGCGGAAACAGCAAAUCAAAGUAUAGGAGAAAAUAGGUCUACCAAUCAGAUUUAUGAUCCAAUUGAUUUAUCCGAUGAAGUUUCUAAGAGUACUAAGAAUGUUAGCCAAGUCGAAGCUGUCUUCACAUCUAAAGAGUUUGUCCGGAAUGAAACAAGUAAAAACUACAAGUUGGAGAUACUGGAACUCAUUCCAAUGUCUUACCUUUAUGAGAACCGGUUUUACCAGUUUGUGAAAAAAGCGAACGAGAGGUUAUCUCACCUCCAAAUCCAAAGUCUAGUACUUCUGGAGAUGUGCCAUCAGGAACCACAUCUUGAGGAAGCUUUGAAUGAACUAAUGGCCAAGGCAACAAGUGUGAGGUGUUAAGUCUACAAAACGUAGCAAGAUGUAAAGUGUAGAAACUGAAUUGCCCGAAGGUCAUGUUAGAGAUGUAGAGUCUAGAGACUGAAUGGGAUGCUCAUUCUCAGCUACCGAAAUUACACCAACUUUGUUGUAUCGUGGUAAUCAAUACCCUGACUAGUUCCAGGCGUUAAGUUUGGUUGCCAAGCACAGGGAAACCAAAUCCACAUGAUACACAAAUGUACGAUAAGGACUGGGCAAAAGUUUAUAGACUCCGUGUUUCGUUUGCUUAUAGGGUAGUCAGUUAAUAAGAACAUCAUUGAUCGUCUAUUUCCCUGCCCUGUUCCGUUUCAGUGAGUUUCUUUCACUGCUUUCAUGUCGUUGAUUGCGGUUCGAAAACUAUAUUAUACUUUGUCAAAACUGUAGUUUUCAUCUAAGGGGAUUUUUGUAGUUCACGUUUUAAAAAAGGGGUGGAGGAGGAGGGUCUACCAAGAGCCUUUCUACGGGUAGGCGCUGAUCAGACUCAAACCAGUCGUUAUGGAGAGCAGCGGAGAAGGACGAACCUUAAAUAUGUCUUGGGAAGUCUGUCGCCGAAAAGACGUUUACUGGGAAAGAUAUAGCCAUACCUGAUAUGUUAUUUCAUUUAUGUUUUUUGCAAUGGUGUCUACAUUUUCUACAUUGCAAAAGCCGUCCUCCAGUGUUUUUAGAGUUGGCAGCUUGAUGGAUCGACUUAACUACGAGUUCAUUUUUACAAUUCGACUAUACUAACGAGUUUAUAUUUGUUUACUAGUUGAGUAAAAUAACGUGUUAUGGGA